AUGAUUGACGAAGAAAAGCUAAAAAUAAAUAGAGCAAAACAAACAUUGAUAUCAAGUGAGCGCGAUCAAAAAAUAAAAAAUGAAAUAGAUGCGAGACUAAAAGAUAUUCAUGAUGAUUUGGAUUUUAAUUUACCUGUUACUUCAGAAACCAUGAAUAAAUCAGUUGAUCUCCCAUCAGCACAACGAUUAACUAAACGUCUGCAUGCAUUAGAUGGAUUUAAAUCAGUUGAUAUUCUCAAACAUCUAUCUAAAAGUGAAAGAUUAUACUGUUCUGAAGAAGAAGAAAAAAGAAAGAAACCUAUUUCACAACCGUCAAGCUCAUUAUUAUUGAUGUUCAUGAUUAAAAAUAUUGGGAAUGAUUUUAAUCAAUUGGUAGCUGAAGAAUAUGUUGAAUUGUUUAAUUUUCAAGGUGAUACACUUGAUCGUGCAUUAAGAAAAUUUGUUAAACAAUUUACUAUCAUUGGUGAAGCACAAGCUCGUGAACGUAUUUUACAUUUUUUUGCUGCAAGAUAUCUUGAUUGUAAUCCAACAACAUUUACUUCAGUCGAUUCUUGCCACAUGCUUACCUGUGCAAUCAUGUUACUUAAUACUGAUCUUCAUGACCGAAAAAUUACAAAUAAAAUGACUUUUCAGCAGUUCAGUGAUAAUUUACAUGAAUUAAAUGACGGAAAUGAUUUUUCAAAAGAUUUACUUAAAUCAUUGUUUAACGCAAUCAAUGAUGAACAACUUAUCAGUGAAACAAAUCUUGAUGCAAACGACUAUAAUGAUAUGCGAUUAGAUAGUCAUGGGACCUUACAUGGUUGUAGUAAUAUUGUUAAUCCAUUUUUAGAAGUUUCUGAUUUAAAUAAAAGUAUUGAACAGAUGCAAGGUUAUAUCAUGCGUAAAUGUUGCGUGGAGUCCGAUGGAAAACGAACUUCAUUUUUACGUCGUAGUUGGAAAGCAUAUUAUGCUAGUUUACGUGAUAUGGUUCUUUAUUUACAUAAAAAUGAUCAACAAUCAACAACAGUAUUAAAUAAUGAUGCAAAUGCUUUACGUUUAAAUCAUGCAUUUGCUCAACAAGCAACGGAUUAUGGUAAAAGGCAGCACGUUUUUCGUUUAAGAACAUCUGACUGGGCAGAAUAUUUAUUUCAAACAACUGAUCAUGAUUUAAUGAAUAAAUGGAUCGAUACAAUUAAUUUAGUAGCAGCAUCGUUUUCGUCUCCACCACUAUCAGCAGCUAUUGAUUCUCUAUCGACACAUUUUCCAAGACCAGUUUUACCAAGUGCACAAACACGUUAUUCAGUUUUUGAGCAAUACGAUUUUAUUAUUCAUCACAUAAGUGAUUUAGUUCAAGAAUUAAAUUAUCUAAGAACUCAAUCUUAUGCAAACAGUACGAUCAAUGGUAAUAGUAAACAAAUAAAAGCAUGUCAUAAAAUUGGAAAUAAAAAUAAACUUCAUUACCUACAAUAUGAAUUACAACGAUAUGAAGGAUAUGCUGAUCGAUUGCGAAGACAUUUUGAACAAUUACAAAUAGAUCAUUCAUCUGGUAAAAUAAAUAUUAAUGAACAUCGAUAUCAUCAUAGUUUUAUUGGACCUAUUGAACCACUAUCAGAUGUAAGUACUCCGGAACAAUCAUCUGCUAGUUAUAAAAAGAAGUCUCAAUCACCAAACGUAACGCUAGUUAAUGCUAAUCGUUAUAGUUAUAUGAUGGCUGUUAAUACAAAUCCUUUGACAAUGAAAGAACAUCGGAUAUAA